UCAAAGACCAGAAGAAAACUUUUCCUCCCCUCACACACGCCAGUGUGACGGUGAACCGGCGGUGAACUGGACGCCACUGCGCGUUCCGUCGCGGGACUUGAGUUUUCUUUUGCUACAUCGAGAUAGUCCAGCAACAGGUGGUGUCACUAUGUCCUUUGCGGAUCCGCAGUGGUGUCCCACCAGCGUCCAGGUAACGGUUCUCCAAGCCAGAGGCCUCAGGAGUAAGGGCAAAAGCGGCACCAACGAUGCGUACGCGGUCAUGCAAGUGGGCAAGGAGAAGUUCCAGACCUCGGUGGUGGAGAAGAGCGUGGCUCCCGUGUGGAAAGAGGAGGCGACUUUCGACCUGUCGCAGAGCGGAGGAGGAGGAAAGGGCACCCUGCAUGUCCACGUUCUGCACCGGGCCUUGGUGGGUCCAGACAAACCGCUUGGACAUGCUGUUGUCGACCUGCUGUGUCUCAGUGAAGACAAAACCCGCAACAAGACAGAAUGGUUUAAGUUACUGGACAAGACUGGCAAGGCAGACAAAGACAGAGGAGAGGUGCUUCUGGACAUCCAGUUCAUGAGAAACAACAUGACUGCCAGCAUGUUCGAUCUCUCUGCUGCCGGCAAGUCCCGCUCCCGCUUGGGCAAGUUCAAGGACAAAGUGCGCGGCAAGAAAAAGGAGUCCGACGCUGUGUCUGGUGUGGUGCCGUCCUUCAAUCAGGUCCUCACCGACAGUGAGGAGGAGGCAAACGACGAGGAAGCUGCGGGGAAGGACGAGAAGAAGAAGAAACAUAAGAUGAAGUCACUGUUUUCUUCCAAAUCCAACCUGCAGAGAAACAUGUCCCAGUCCAUGUCUGUUCUGCCUGCCAAAACCUCCUCGUUAAGCAGAAGCCAAUCGUCUGGUCUGAAUGUGGAUUCCUCUGAGGGUAAAAAGAAGUUUAAGUUCAAGAUACAUAAACGCUUGAGCAGCUCGGAUGGGAAAGAUUCCUCUUCUGGACUCCAAAAACACGGCGGGACAGCGGAGCAGAGCAACCUAUGCAUUAAUGGCAGCCAUGUUUACUGUGACGGAUCAAACUUCAGUCUGUCCAGUUCAGGUCAUGGAUCCAUGGAGGAUGUCCCUGGAAGCUCCCCUCCAUCUGUUAAUUCACUUAAAGCAGUGACACAAUAUUCUCCUUGGACUGAAGAAGAGGAGGAGGAGGAAACUGCUGAGGUAGAAAACAUAACGGAGGAUGUGGAUGAGGAACAGAUUAGCAAGGAGAAGAAUGGGGAAGAAGAAAGGAUGAGGAUGCAAGAAGAAGCACUAGAGAAGAUGGCUGAGGAGACAAGGAGACGAGAGGAAGAAGAAAUAAAGAGGAUUGAAGAGGAAAAGGUAAAGGAAGAGGAGAGGGCUAGAAGAGGGGAAGAGCGUGAGCGAUUAGCAGAGGAAAAGAGAAGACAUGAGGAACAAGAAAGAAAGAGAAAUGAGGAAGAAGAAGAACGGCAAAGAGAGGAAAGGAUGAAGAAGGAAGGGGAAAGAAGGAGACUUGAGGAGGAGCGACAAUUGGCACAGGAGGCGAGAAGAAAAGAAGAAGAAAGACAAGCUGAGGAAGAGAAGGUUAGAAAGGAGGAAGAGGAAAGAGUUUUUAGGGAGGAAGAGAGGAGGAGACGAGAGGAAGAGGAGAAAGCUAUAAGAGAGGAAGAACAAGAAUGUGCACGAUUAGCAGAGGAAAAGAGGAGACUAGAGGAACAAGAAAGAAAGAGAAUUGAGGAAGAAGAAAAGAUUAGGAUCGAGGAGGAAAGUCGACGAGAGGAAGAACAUCAGUUGGCAGAGGAAAACAGGCGAAUGGAAGAAAUGAGAGCUGAGGAAGAUAGAGUUAGGAGGGAGGAAGAGAGAAGGAGAAAAGAGGAAGAAGAAAUGGCGAGAAGACAAGAGGAAGCACGUGAGAUGAAGAGGAAACUAGAGGAGGAGGAGAGGAGAUGGCAGGAAGAACAGGAAAAGAAUAGGAGAGAAGAGGAGAAAAGACUAGAGGAAGAGGAGAGGGCUAGGAAGGAAAGGGAAGAACAUGAGAGAUUGGUGAGAGAGGAGAAAGAAAGGCAGAGGAUUGAGGCUGAAGAGCAAAUUAAAAGGGAGGUAGAAGAAAGGAUUAGGAUGGAGGAUGAGAGGAGGGAAGAGCAGGAGAGGGUAAAGAGGGAUGAAGAACAAGAGGAAAAGAAGAGACUGGAGGAGCAGGAAAGGAGGCGAAUUGAAGAAGACGAAAAAAGGCAAAGGGAGGAAGAAGAAAGGAGGAGACAAGAGGAAGAGGACAGGGUUAAGAAGGAAAAUGAAGAAUUUGAAAGAUUGGCAGAAGAAAAGAGGAGAGUGGAAGAACAAGAGAGAAGACUGAAAGACGAGGAGAGAAUUAGGAAGGAGGAGAGGAGGAGGAGAGAAGAGGAAGAAAUGGAAAGAUUGGCAGAAGAAAAGAGGAGACGAGAGGAACAAGAAGAGAAAAUUCAAAGGGAGGAAGAGCAGAGGUUUCGGAGGGCGAAGAAAGAAGAGGAAGAGGCCAGGAAGUUAAUAACGGAUGCAGAAGAACCGAAAAACCAAAGCAAAACAAAACAUGGACACAAGUCUACCAUGGAGAAAUCUGCAGUAGCUGCACAGAGCGCUGCUGACGUCACCUCCACUAACCCGUUUGAUGAAAACCUCCCAAAUAAUCCCUUUGAAGAUGUCCCACGUUCUCCUACUGCAGCUGAAGGCAACGCGGCCAUGUCAAGCGUCCAACAGGGGUGUCAAAUUGCUGUGUCAUCGGAGGGAGGCAAGAGCAUUUCCAUGGAUGAGAAGGACCUGAUUAAUGCUCAGCGGGAGAAGCGUCCAGCUCCUCCGCCUCCAGGAAGGAAUAUAGCGGAGAGUCGGAGGGAGCAGGAUGUAGCUUUGCAGCAUCUGGCACAAAAUAACAAGCAGAGUAAUGACAAAGAUGUCAAGACUGCCAGUGUUCUCCCUCAGCGUUCGGUACAAUUGAUCGCUCCUCUGAGUCAGUCUCACUUAAUACAAAGGAGCCCCACCAAAGGAACUGAAAGUGCUGGUAAACACGGUAAGCGCCUUGCACCGUCUCGACCUCGUUCUGCAGAGGAAGAGUCAUCGUCUGAAUCCAAAAGAGUCUCGUCUUCUCGUGGCAACAUUUCCCAGGGACGUGGCUCACAGACAAAACCAGUCCCUGUCACCUGUGGCUUGAAUCCAUUUGUAGAUGAUGACGAUGAGGUCACACUUCGAGAUGAUACACCAACCCCUGGUGACACGAGAUCAACACAGCGGCCCCCACCUGUGUCCCGCGCUACUGAUGAAUCAAAACUGAAAUCUUCAAAAGUCACCCAUGCGCCUGCCCCUCCGCCUACCAUUUCAAGCACUUUAAUUCAUCCAAACACUGACAGUUGCCAUGCUAUGGAUACAACAGUUGUGCCUGCACCCGAUAAAGGUGCAAACCAGGCAUGUGGCCCACAGCCAGAGGCCACGCUCUCCGUUCAGAGCACUUCACUGAAAGAGCCUGUGAGAUCACAGAGCACUGCAGAGGUAACAGGAGUGAAGAAAGAAGCCCCUCCUACAAGUUCACGCAGGCUUCUCCCUGUAAGGCCACUUAAUCCUCUGGAACAAAAGUCUGUCUCCACCGUUCCAGGGGGUAAAAGUCACAAAUCCGUUGGAAUCUUUAGUGACGUUCAAGAGAAAACAAAGAUAACGCCUGAUUCGGGGCUUAAAGGGCCGUAUUCCCAGCUAACUCGAGAGGAACUUGUGUCCCUGCUGCAGAAACAGGAGAACCAGAUGUCUGAGAGAGACAAAAAGAUAUCAGAGCUGGAACAAUACAUUGACAAAUUGCUUGUACGUGUCAUAGAAGAACAACCAAGCAUCCUGAUGUCCAUGAACUCAUUCAAGUAGGCUGUCUAUGCAGAUUCACAGCUCACACUUCUAUUUCUGCUCCACCUAAUUAGUGAAGAAUUGAUUAAUCACAGUUCCAAAAUAAGAACUUCACUGUAAAGUACUUGAGAUGUUUUGAAAGAUGUUGAUGAUUUUGAAACAUUUCUAUGUGCUUGUCUGACUUUGAAACUAAUGAAUUGUUUUUUAAUGAUUUUCAUGUUGAGCACAAAAUGAUGUGUAAAAAUAAUCACUGAUAUGUUGGCUUGCUGUUUUUGUGUAAAGAGCCUUACUUUGCUGUAAAAUAAUCUUACUGCUCUUGUACUACAUGAAGAAAAGGUUUACAUGAUACUAACCUAAAAAGCACUUUUAAAAAGCCUAUAAAAUGGUGUAUUCUGAAUCGGUCUUCUGCACUGAGGUUACUGCUACAUGGAAUUAAAUAUGCAAAAUUAAAUAAAAUCAAAGAAUGAAUGAAUA